UAUUCCGUAUAUAUACAACAACCAUACAGUAAAGCUACAGGGGCCGCAUAGUUCUUUCUGCAUAGAACAGCAGAGUUGACGGAAAAUGAAUGACCACCGAUCCAAGUGUUUCGGAUUUCUGUCCCGUAACGCGCUAAUUAUCAGUGUGUUAAUUGGUGUGGUGGUGGGCUUUGCCUUUGGUUUUGGACUGAGAUCUGUAGAACCGUCCAGUGAUGCCCUGACAUGGAUUGGUCUUCCCGGGGAGAUUUUCAUGCGUCUCCUGAAGAUGCUGAUUCUACCUCUUAUUGUGGCCAGCAUUAUCACAGGAACAGCCUCCAUGAACGCUAGAACCAACGGACGUCUUGGCGCCGUCAGUUUCUGCUACAUCCUGGUGACUGUUGCUAUAGGAGCUGUCAUUGCUAUCAUUCUCUUCCUUGUCUUCCAGCCAGGGAAAGAUGUAGAUCUUUCUGCCUCCACAAACAGCUACACAGUAAAGAGAGACAUAGAAACCACAGACAUGUUUGCCGACAUGAUCAGGAAUUUUUUCCCGGACAAUGUCGUCACUGCCUGUUUUCAAAAGACACAAACAAAAUACUUGCAAGUUUCUCGCACUGUGGCGUUAAAUGGAACAAAUAUUACUAUUACUGCAGUUCAGAAAGUGUUAUCAUCUACAAGUGGACUAAACAUCUUGGGUCUAAUCGUUGCGUGCCUGAUGUUUGGUGUCACGGCCAGUAACCUAGAGGACAGAGCUGAACCUUUCAUCACGUUCUUCGACACUAUAGCGGUCAUAUUGAUUCGUCUUUUGAACUGGAUUAUAUGGUUGACUCCUGUUGGGGUGGCAAGCCUUAUUACCACAGCCUUACUGAAAGUUUCCGACAUUGAGAGUGUGUUCACCAGUAUGGGGAUGUUUGUUCUAGCACACUCCGUCGGCAUCGCUUUCCAUCAACUGGUUCUUAUUCCAUUCGCAUACUUCAUCACCACCAGAAAGAAUCCACUGCAUUUUAUGGGCUACUGCUUGCGACCGUGUUUAUCAGUGUUUGGACCUGCUAGCGUGGCUGUAGGAUUACCGGACAUGUUAAAAACCUUGGAUGAAAAUCUUCAUGUUGACAGAAGGAUCUCGAACUUUUUCGUUCCUGUGGCUGUGUCAAUAGAGAAAUGUGGGAGCUGUAUUUUCAUAUGUCUCUCCGCUCUCUUCUUGGCACAACUGGAGGGAAUGAACAUGAAUGCGUCAAGAGUGGUCAUCAUUGGCCUACUCUCUACAGCUGGAGCUUUGGCGGUGCCUCCCGUUCCCAGCUCAAGUAUUGUCUCUGUUUUAGUGGUUCUCUCCUCUAUAGACAUCCAAGUUCACAACGUGGGUCUACUCAUGGCGCUAGAGUGGUACAACGAUCGGAUCCGCACCACAAGUAAUGCUACAACAACCGUCUUGGGAGCAGUGAUGGUGGAGAGACUCUGUAAGACACGUCUUAACUCAGAACAAGAAAUGGACAGUUAUAAGAAGACACAGGAGAGACCGCUCUACGACUCAGAGAUACGUGUCCUGGUGAACAAGGACAAAGCAUUAGGAGACUGAAUUCAGAGUUUUGAAGGACUGUACGUGUAUGCUAAUGUUAAAGUCGGAAUAUCAAAGUUUUUUCUGAUUGGUGGUUGGAACUAAAAUGACUGCACAAAAAGCUUUUGAAUGGCUUUACUAGUACACAAUAACUUUCACGGUCACCCAUAGCCCGCACGAUGAAUAUUAUUGUCACCUUACUAGGGAACGGGCAAACUUUUUGACCACUUUCACAUACUUCUGUCUUACUUUUAACAAUGUUAAUUUCCACACAGAUAUCUUGUAAACAGAUAUCUGAAUAACGAAUAUGUACUAUUUCUGAGAAUCUCAGGAACCCAGCAAAACCUAAAAAGCACAUACACAACGUUCUUAAAAUAUACAAAUUGUCCUUUCCGAAAUUUAGAAACCAUGGCCUUCAAAUGUUCUGGGUAAUAGGACCUUUUUUGAUGACAGGUUUUAGUAUAUGCUUUAUGGAAAAUAUUAUUAAAGGAAUGAGAGGAACAAACCAAUUAUUCUUCCCCUCACAAUUUUUCGUAAAACAGUUUACACCUUUGAUUCAGGAUUCCAGAAUUUUUUAGUUGUAUCAAACCUAUUUACGAUUUUUGAAAUUUACAAAUCUGUCUACUGUGAAUGGUCCUAACAUAAAAUUAACAAACUCCGAAAAUUCUACGGUAACUUCCCAAUCAUUAUGAUCGAUGAUUUUACUUAAAAAAAUCUGCUUUGUCAAUUUCUGAUCGCAUUAAUCGAUGCACAGCAACUGAAAUUUUGUUAUCGGCACACAUUUUGAAAAUAUUAUAAUUAUGCUACAACUUGUAAAUGGUGCUUCAUGCUACCAGAGUAUACUAUUUUCUCACAACAUUGGUUAUCAGUUAACCAUUACAAAGUCAUUUCUUGUAAUUCAUUUUUAAAAGACGUCAACGCCAACUCUAUGCCCUUCAGCUCUCUCCAUUUCGAACUCAUAUUUUAUAUAACUGUAUGAAUAAAUUUGAAAUUCAAUUCGUUUGAUGAAAAUAAAUGUUUAAUCUCUUUAUGCUAUUUAAACCCCCUUUCUCUUUCAUUUAGACAUUAAAAAAUAAGAUAUUUGGCUACUUCUUUUUUCCGACGCCUGCAAAUGGCAGUAUUCCCACUGACCGGAAAAUUAGCAUGACAAAAAAGCUUAGAUAGAAUUUCAUCCAUCCAUUUGUAAUUGUAAAUCAUCAUCCGUGAAUAAAAACCUCGACAUUUUAAGUAGGUAUAUAUAUAUUUAAUGUUUCGAUGGAUAAUGGCAACUGUUUAAUAAUAGAAGUGAUGGACAUAUGUUUAUAAUGUACCGGCCUACAGUUACAUGAAGGCUACAACACCCGCCUGGAAACUGAACAUAUGUGCACCAAUGUAUAAAGAAACCCAUAAUAUAUGUACCGUAUAACGGGUAUUUUUUACGUGCUGCUAAUUUUUACUAAUUUUUACGCGUUUUAUAAAUCCGUAAAAAUUAAACGCGUAAAUUUUCACAG